UCUAGCCAUGACCGCGUAAUCCACUGAAUACGCGUAUAUUCAUUCUCUGGGCAUCUUCUUGUUCCUGCUGCGUUACGGUGAAUUACGAUGUAAACGAUGCCUCAUUGAUACCAUCAGAAUCUGCUGCGUUUUCAUCGCCUCUCGUUUAAGACCUUUCGGCCUGCGCAUCUGUUUGGUGGACCUUGUUUCGUCUCUCAUUUCAAAUAGCCACACACAGCCCACCUUGAAAAUGACGUCGCCAACACCAAACCACCAUGGAUAUCACAGCCCUUCACCUCCGCCGCUGCCCCCUCGCUAUUCAGAGAUAGAUGAGAACGGCUAUCGCCCCGAUCCUUCCAUGAAUGCCAUGGCGACCAACGACCCGCGCAAUUCGUCGACCCAAUCAUUAGUACCCGACCCUUCGAUCGAUCAUACAGGCCAGCGACGACUGCUGCUUGUAUAUCUACAUGGCUUCAUGGGCGACGAAACUAGCUUUCGCAGUUUCCCAGCGCAUCUGCACAACCUCGUGACAAUUACCAUGGCCGAGUCGCAUGUUGUUCAUACGAAGAUCUACCCAAAGUAUCGAUCUCGAUAUGCCAUUGAGGUCGCGCGGGACGACUUCUCAAACUGGAUCACACCGAACGUUACCCCACAAACGGACAUCAUCCUGCUGGGCCACUCCAUGGGAGGUCUUCUUGCCGCAGACAUUGCGCUACUAUUUCGUCACCGCAUAAUCGGCGUAGUGAACUUCGAUGUGCCAUUUUUGGGAAUGCAUCCAGGAAUUGUGAAAGCAGGUCUGACAAGCAUUUUCAAACCUUGGCCAACGCCAGAAGAGCAGGGAAGUGCAGCAGCGCCAGGAUCGAAACCAAGUAGGAUGGAUACCUUGUUCAAUCCCAAGCCGUCGGACCCCCAUUAUAAUCCAUCAUACGGCAAUGAUGUCCACCUACCUAUACGCAAGGGUUGGGAGAACGCUUUUCAUUUCAUGAAGAAGCAUUCAAACGGGUUGCUCGAAGCCUCCAAGGGACUGGUCAAGUCGCAUCUCGAAUUUGGGGGUGCCAUGGCUGACUAUAGCGAACUGAAAGCCCGUUAUGCUCGUAUACGCGCCCUAGAAGUCGACGAUGUUGCAAGACGAAGGGCUGCCAAUCCAGAAGUGCAAUGGCCGCCGAGGAUUCGUUUCGUCAAUUACUAUACAGCAAGCACGGGACGACCGAAGAAACCCAAGUCACCCAAGUCGCCCAAGUCGCCCAAGUCGCCCAAGUCUCCAUCACCCUCACGUCCUUCGAGCCGAGGAUUGACAACGCAACAGUCGAUGAGCACAACAGACCUCGCAUCAAGUUCACAGCUGGCAUUAAGUACCAAUACUACGGAGCUAGGAACAAUCCCGAGCCCACAUAUAUCAGUGGAUGAGCAUCGCGGAGAUCACAUAGUGCCCGUGACGCCACAGGAACCACCCUCCGCAACUACGCCCAAAGAUGAGGCCGAAUUGCCUGGGUCUGAAGCGUACGAGAAGCAUGAGGAACACGAGGAACACGAGGAACACGAGGAGCAUGACCUCAGAAGCGUAUCUCCACAGCCCAUGCUGGAUGAAAAUGAAGUACACGAGCUGCCCACACAACCUGAACCGUCGAAUUCAUCGGAGGCAGUACCAAAUAACUCGCAACCACCAAAUUUGCCAGAAAUACCUGAGAUACCCCAAGAACCACCAUUCGUAGACAUUGCACAAUUCACGGACAAAGCAGAACGGAGGGCCGCCGAAAAGGAGCAUUCGCGAGCUCUGAAGGAAUACCAGGCAAAGGUCAAAGCACGCAACAAGGUCAUCAAGGAGAGGACGAAACUCACCGAGAGAUGGGAGAAGCAGAAAGGGAAGGACGAGAAAGAGAGGGAGAAGGAGAAGGAGAAGGAGAAACAGAGGCAUUCGGUAUCAGAUGGUCUCGAAAGCAAGGCCGACAGUGGCACUUCGUCCGAUCACCUUGCCGAGGGUGUCAGCGCCAUGCGACUCGAGCCGGAAAGCCACGUCCAAGACACGAGUACCGGUCCAUAUGCAAACUAUGAUUUUUCUCGCAGUGCGAUUCUAUCUCAGCCCGAACCAGACGACCGCACCUCUAUGACCGACAGCAUGGCUCCUUCAAGUCAAUACGCCGAUUCAACACACACGCUUACGACCACGGACACAAAUGCCUCCCAACCAACAGAUCCAAACGCACCACCAAAGAAGAAGAAGUUCAGAAAGUUUUGCAUGCUCCCCCCGAAGGAUGCGUACGGCAACAAAGAUCCCACGUGGGUGCGCGUGUUCAUGGAGAAUGUCGACGAAGUCACGGCCCACACGACGCUGUUCUUCAUGAGCGACACGUACGAACGACUGGUUGGAGAAGUGGCCGAGAGGAUCGAGGACUGGACCCGAGAAAGCGAGAGUCUGCGCGUGGCGACAGAGAUGGAAAGGAUGUAUUAAGGCCGUUUGAUUGUUUCAUUGCAUGCGUGCACAUAUCUUGAAUACCCCCCCAAUACUAGAACUACAUAUAACCAAUGCAUCAUAAUCGAAAA